AUGAAUAACAUUCCGUAUAUAAAGAAUCUAUAUUCGGAUCCCUCUAAUAACCUUUUUGGAGAUUUGAGAAUAUGUUCUAGAGUUAUCGAUUCAUGUGGCAUCGCGUGCAGCUCGGGGUAUGUGGCGGUCCCUUGGGAAGUAGACGGAGGAGGGUUGAUAGGAGUUAUUCGUUUGGAAAAUCAAAUGCGCAAUCCACCAGUAAUAAAACUAAAGGGACACACAUCUGCUAUUCUAGACUUACAGUUCAAUCCAUGCUUCAGUGAAAUUUUGGCAUCUGGAUCAGAAGAUUUAUCUAUACGUAUUUGGGAAGUACGUCAUAAUGAUGAGACAGUAAAAGAAAUAAAGGAUCCACAAUGUAUUCUAAAAGGACACAAGAAGAAAAUAUCAAUUGUAGAUUGGAACCCAUUGAAUUAUCAUAUAUUAGGUUCAAGUGGAUUCGAUGGAAUUGUAAAUAUCUGGGAUAUAGAAAAUGAAAAAAGAGCUUUCCAGAUAAAUAUACCCCAAAAAUUAUCAUCUUUAAAAUGGAAUUUAAAAGGAAAUUUAUUAAGUGGUACAUGCAUUGGAAAAUAUAUGCAUAUAAUUGAUCCAAGAAAUAGAGAAAUUUCCUCAAGUUUCCAUACUCAUGGUGGUGGGAAGAAUGCAAAAAAUAUAUGGAUAGAUGGAUUAGGUGGAGAUGAUAAUUAUAUAUUAAGUACAGGAUUUUCAAAAAAUCAUAUGAGAGAAAUAAAAUUAUGGGAUAUAAAAAAUACAUCAUCUGCUCUUGUAACAAUGUCAAUAGAUAAUGCGUCAGCUCCAUUGAUUCCACAUUAUGAUGAAAGUACUGGACUUAUAUAUAUAAUUGGAAAAGGGGAUGGUAACUGUCGAUAUUAUCAACAUUCAAUUGGUAGCAUAAGAAAAGUAAAUGAAUAUAAAUCUUGUUCUCCAUUUAGAUCUUUUGGUUUUAUGCCCAAACAAGCUUGUGAUGUAUAUAAAUGUGAAAUUGGUAGAGUUUACAAAAAUGAAAAUAAUAAUAGCAUAAGACCAAUAUCUUUUUAUGUACCUAGAAAAAACCGUACAAAAUUUCAAGAAGAUUUAUAUCCUCCUAUAUUGAUGCAUGACCCAUACAGUACAUCUAAAAAUUGGAUUAACGGAAAAGACAAUGAAAUUAAUCGAAUAAAUAUAAAAGAUUUAACUUAUGAUGAUCUUAGAAUUACGAAGAAAUAUAAACAUAUUAAUCAAUCCUGUGACAGUAUUAUUAUAGGAGAAGAUUAUGUAUCUAAGAGGACUACCAUUAUCAGGCAAUUUACAAAGAAAUUUACAUUUUUUAAGAAAAAGACGAAAAAUCCAGUUAAUAUUUCUUCAGAGGAUAGUUUGAGCGAAACGAUUCCUAUUCUACCCAAACGAUUUAAAGAAAAGGGAUUCUUAAAUGAGCGUGGCGGUGUGCAAUUCUCAUCUAACAAUUACCAAGAUGGGGAAGGGGUCCACGCUGAGAAGGAAAUUGCUGAACUGAGUGAGGAGGAAAUUGCUGAACUGGGUGAGGAGGAAAUUGCUGAACUGGGUGAGGAGGAAAUUGCUGAACUGGGUGAGGAGGAAAUUGCUGAACUGGGUGAGGAGGAAAUUGCUGAACUGAGUGAGGAGGAAAUUGCUGAACUGAGUGAGGAGGAAAUUGCUGAAUGGGAUGCGGUAAAACCAGACGAAUUCGUUGGCAAAAGUGAACACAGUGAAAAUUCGUACACACGUGGUCCUCAUAUUUCCGGACCGAUAUCAAGAGGAAAGACGAGUCGAGAUAACAAGGCAAGUUGCUUUGAUGCGUUGAGGUGCAUUAAUUUCUGUAAAAAAGGGAAAUCGUGA